AUGGAGUUUGCAUCUGCAAUCAUUGGUCCUAUAGUUGAAUCAUUAAUCGUUCCUGUGAAGAAACAGUUGGGAUAUCUCUUUUCCUCCACAAAACAUGUUAGGAACAUGAAUACUAAAAUGAAGCAGCUGGAUGGUACAAGCAGUGAUGUCAAAAAGCACAUGGACGCAAACAAUAGAAGUUAUCUGGAGAUACCUACUCGUGUACCAGGUUGGUUGGAAGAGGUUGAAAAGAUUAAAAAAGAUGCUCAAAGCAUUUCAAGCACCGGGAAUGGAUGUUUCAACAUGAAAAUGAGGUAUCGAGCAGGUAGGAAUGCAUUUAAGAUUAAGGAGGAGAUGGAAAGUCUUAUGAAUGAAAAUAGUAAGAUAAUUUGGACAGAUGCUCCAAAACCUCUUGGGAAAGUGAUCUCGAAAAUCGCAUCCAGUUCUGCACCUUCGGAUGGUGACGCCCAAAAUCACUUCAAAUCAAGAGAGAAGACUUUCAAGGAUACGCUUGGGUUCCUUCAACAAGAUCACAAGAGCCAAAUGAUAGCCAUAUGCGGAAUGGGUGGUGUGGGGAAAACCACGAUGAUGGAACAACUGAAAAAGACUGCAGGAGAUACAAAAAUGUUUGAUUAUGUUCUGAAGGUGGUUAGUGGGCAACAGAUCAACAUGUUUUCUAUUCAGCAAGCUUUGGCUGAAUACAUAAGUCUAUCUAUAUCUGAAAUGAAUCCAACAACAAGGGCAGAACGUCUUCGUAUAUCAUUUACGAACCUGGCAGAAAGAAAACAAAAGGUUUUGGUGAUAUUAGAUGAUGUAUGGGAGAUGAUUAAACUUAAUGAUAUUGGACUUAAUCCUUUGCCUAAAGGCUUCAAGUUGUUGCUGACAUCACGGUAUGAAAAUAUUUGCAAACAAAUUGCAGCAGGUUAUUCAGAUUUGAAAAUAGUUAGAGUGGAAGUGAUGGAGGAGCCCGAAGCACAAAACUUCUUUUGGCAAAUUACAGGUGCUUUAAAACAACAUGAUAAGGAGCUCAAUAAAAUAGGAACAAAGAUCGUGAGAAGAUGUGGGUUUUUGCCCCUUGCUAUUAAUCUCAUUGCCAUUCGUCUUAAGUUUGAAGAAAAGGUUGCAUGGAGAGAUACACUUCGCCAUUUGGAGAAUAAAAAUCUUGAUUACGUGCAAGAAAGUAUUAAGAUAAGCUAUGACUAUAUAAAAGAAGAGGAGGAAAAAGUGAUUUUUCUUCUAUGUGGCUUGUUUCCCGAUGACUUUAAUAUUCCAAUCGAGGAACUCACAAGAUAUGCAUGGGGCCUACGGUUGUUGAAUGGAGUUUCUAGUUUGGGAGAGGCUAGGGAUGGGACAGAGACGCAUGUGCACAGUCUCAAAAGUGCAAAUUUGUUGAUGGAUAGCGAUUCCAUUGGGUGUGUCAAAAUGCAUGAUCUUGUGCUCGAUUUUGUUUUAGGUAGAGUUUCUAAGGGUGACAAUCCAUGGAUAAUCAACCAUGGUGAUGUUUCAAAGUGGAGUAGGGCUGGAAUGAGUGAGUCUUGUAACAGAAUUUCUAUUACUUGCAGGGGUAUGUUUGAGUUUCCUAGAGACUUUAAAUACCCAAACCUUGCACUUUUGAGACUUAUGCAUGGAGAUAAGUCGCUUAAGUUUCCUGAAGAUUUUUAUCAAAGAAUGGAAAAUCUUGAAGUUAUAGCGUAUGAAAAUAUGCAGUAUCCGUUGCUCCCCAGAUCACUUCAGUGCUCCACCAGGCUUCGGACACUCAUUUUCCAUAAAUGCUUAUUGAUGUUUGAUUGCUCUGUUAUUGGUGAACUCUUGAAUUUGGAAGUGCUCAGUUUUGCACAUUGUGGGAUCAGAAAGUUACCAUCCACAAUCGGAAAUUUGAAGAAGCUAAAGGUACUGGAUUUGACGGGUUGUAUCAACCUUUGGAUUGAUGAUGGUGUCUUGAAAAGUUUGGUCAAGCUUGAAGAGCUUUAUAUGAGAGUAGAUGGCAAAAAGGCAAUUAGGUUUACACACAGCAAUCAUGCUGAAUUAGCAGAACUGUCAGAGCACCUUUCUGCAUUAGAAGUUGAGUUCUUUGAUAACAGUGAGGUGCUUUAUCUAGAAGUGGAUGGUAUGAAUGAUUUUCAUCAACAGUCGUUUAAUAAUCUAAGAGUCCUUGAUGUUUUCAAGUGUGAAAACUUGAGGUACCUCUUCACAGUCCCUAUUGCAAGUGAUUUGAUGAAGCUUGAGCACCUCACAGUUUCACGGUGCCCUGUUCUGGAAGUACUUGCACAUAGUGAGAAUGGUGGAGAUGGAGUAAUCAAGUUUCAGGGGCUAAAGUUUCUAAGAUUGGAUAGGCUACCAAAGUUGAUAGGUCUUUGCAACACUGCUAAUGUAAUUGAGCUACCACAGCUGCUGGAGUUGUGA